AUGGCCGAUCGGCCACAUUCAAGUCUGUAUAGCCGGUCCACUGGAUCUGUGGAACUGCAGUUGGUGCCUGUUACCCAUAAGCGAAACCGCUCAACCGUUACUUCAAUUCCUGAUCAACCCUUUGUCACUACUAUCGACCAUGAGAUUCGAGACACGCUAGGGCAUAGCUCCGCCAUAGACGCUUCUGCUAGUCGUUUGCAGAUUCUCAAAAGCACUCGCGAUAGUCAUUUACCCGCAGAGGAACGGAUUAAGAUUCGCAACUGGGAACUUAGUUGUAUACGUCGGGAGAAUGAAUUUUACAAAACCUGCACACAAGUCUGUCGUGACUUAGAACGCGAUUUGCGCUACAUUUCGCAGGAGCUUGAAUCAGAAUACCAGACGAGGCUACUACAGCACUACUUCGAGCCGGAAGAGCCCAUACCAAAUGAUGAGUUCUUGAAUAAAGCCUGCGAGAGAAUCGAUGCAUUACUUGUCAACGCAGUGGUCCAAGAAAGAACUGCGGCUGGAAAGUGGAAGGCAUAUUGGGAGAAACCUUGGGUCUAG